UUUUAGCAUGUAUUCUUCGUUUGUUAAAUUGUCAUAUUACUGAUGACUUGUCGGUAAAACGUUUGUUUGUGAAAUUGGUGUUCCGUACGACGGAUUCCUAUAUGGAUCCGUACUCUCACGGAUCUCAAACUAUAGAUCUGAACUCGAUCCAAGUCGGAUCUUUCACGGAACACACACAC